UGACUUUGUCAGCGGGUGGCGGCGAUGCUGCUGCUAUUGCCGCCGCCGCCCGUGGGAAGGAAGCAGGCGGCCGUUACCCCCGCCGGCAUGACCAGCCACCGAGCCACCCAGCAGCCACCGCAGCCCCGCCCGCGGCAGCACUAGGACUCCUCUGCCGAGCCCCGGGGUCUGCCGCUGCCGGCGGAGGGAGCGGGGCGGAUUACCCCUACCCCGCUGUGUGAGGGGCCGGAACAACCGGUCCGGCCCGCGGCUCGCAGCGCUGAGGCAGCCUCUUCUGCCGGUCUCCGCGCCCCCGUUUCACCUGCGCAGCGGGGAAGGGAGCCCCCGAGCCCCAGCGAGCCGCUCCCCUCCCCUGCGCGGUGCUGUGUUUACCGCUACUGCAGCCCCAGACCCAGCGCCCAUUGGGAGCCCCCGCCCUUCCGAUAGCACCUUCGUGUACUAGCCACUCGCGUCAGCUUCCCUCACACCAACCGGCCUCCCGAGCCCCCGCCGGUCAGCUCCUGCUGUCAGACACUCCCUCCGCUCCGGCCCCAGCCUCUUCCCGCCGCCGGCGGCUCGCCUGAGGCCCUCUCCCUUGGCUGGCCCCGCUGUGCGCCUCAUGGGAGUCUGCUCCCUCCCGCUGGGAAGUGCUGCCGCCGCCGCUGGCUGCUGCUGGGCUUAGGAGGCAGCAGCCCCUGUCCAGGAGGAGGAUGUCACUGGUCGGGAAGGCGCUGCGGGUCUCCAAUCGCUCCAUCCUCGCCUUUAUCUUCUUCUUUUCCUUCUCCUCAUCGUGCCUCUACUUCAUCUACGUGGCCCCUGGGAUAGCAAACACCUAUCUCUUUAUGGUGCAAGCUCGAGGCAUAAUGUUGAGAGAAAACGUGAAAACAAUAGGACAUCUGAUCAGAUUGUACACUAAUAAAAAUGCUACUGUGAAUGGCACAGAUUAUCCUGAAGGCAACAAUUCCAGUGACUACCUUGCUCAAACAACAAUGUAUCUUCCAGAAAAUUUCACAUAUUCUCCUUACCAGGCUUGUCCAGAAAAGCUGCCUUACAUGAGAGGCCUUAUCAGCAUCAACAUGAGUGAAAUUAGUUUUGAUGAAAUUCAGGAAGUAUUUUCAAAGGAUUUAGACAUUGAGCCAGGUGGUCAUUGGAAACCAAAAGAUUGUAAACCACGAUGGAAGGUGGCAAUCCUCAUUCCUUUUCGCAAUCGCCAUGAACAUCUUCCAAUUUUUUUCCGGCACCUCAUACCUAUGUUACAGAAGCAACGGUUGGAAUUUGCCUUUUAUGUUGUUGAACAGAGUGGUACACAACCUUUUAACCGUGCAAUGCUCUUUAAUGUUGGCUUCAAAGAGGCUAUGAAGGAUGUUGCCUGGGACUGUGUAAUUUUUCAUGAUGUGGAUCAUUUACCUGAAAAUGACCGAAAUUAUUAUGGAUGUGGAGAGAUGCCACGUCAUUUUGCAGCAAAGCUGGACAAAUACAUGUACAUUCUUCCAUACAAUGAGUUCUUUGGUGGUGUAAGUGGACUGACAGUGGAACAAUUCAAAAAGAUCAAUGGAUUUCCGAAUGCUUUCUGGGGAUGGGGAGGAGAAGAUGACGACCUUUGGAAUAGGGUUCAUUAUGCUGGAUACAAUGUAACAAGACCAGAGGGAGACCUAGGGAAGUACAAGUCCAUUCCUCAUCAUCACAGAGGUGAAGUCCAAUUUUUAGGACGGUAUAAACUCCUGAGGUAUUCCAAAGAGCGUCAGUACAUUGAUGGGUUGAACAAUUUAAUAUAUACUCCUAAAAUACUCAUCAGUAGAUUUUAUAAAAAUAUAACUGUAAAUCUCAUACCAGAGCUAGCUCCUGUUAGAGACUAUUGAUGGAAGUGGAGUGGCAAGCUACACUCCUGGAGUUAAGACUUGUAACACUGGAAAAUACAAAUUAAAGACCUAUUAAAAGACUUUAAAUUAGAUCUUUUUGACUAUUUGGUGAAGGAUGUUUAGGAAGAGAAGACAAAUGACUGCAUGUGUUACCAUGCAUUCUAUUAUGAAAAGAAAUGCCAGCAGCUACUACUCAGUGUUUACAGCAUGGGACUACUAUAUUUAAGCCUUGUUUCACCAUAUUCUCUAUCUUAAGCCACUCAACAAUAUAUACUGCAGAAAACAGAUCUGUAGCUUGUUUGGAAGGCCUUUUCUCCCAGGAAAUUUUUAUAGUUAAAAACUGUAACUUAAAUGAAUGCUUUUUGUUUCCUUUUUAAAAUGUGUUUUGUAAAUAUAUGAUGUAAAUUAAUGUGCUCAAAUAGCUUUUUAAAUAUGGUAAAUUAUGCUUCAGUAUGUAUUUAGGUAUAUUACUGUUUUCCUUCUGUGUUCAGUAGCAUGAAAGAACAAAUGUAAAUAUUUGUGUUUAAACAAAGUUUAUAUCUUGUAUGAAAUGAUGGAACUAUCAGUAAUUGAUGGCCAGCUAUGACUGUAAACUGUUAUACAAGUUUUGAGCUUUAGACCUGCUGCAUAUCUGUAUAGAAGAAUUAAUUUAACAUGUAAACUUGCUAGGAAGAAAGCUUUUAAUUUUACUUAUUACUAGUAAAAUCCUAUGAUUCCCUGCUUGCCAUCUAAAUCAUAGUUUAUGCAUAUUGCAUGUGCAUUUUAGAAAAAUCUUAAGGUUGUUGCAUAUCAUGAUAUACAGGAACUCUUACUUUAAUUGUCUCCGUAUGUGCCACUAGUGUCAAUGUCAGGGAUUUUAUGCCUAAAACAGUUUGUUCAAGUCUGUGUAUUGUAGUUUGGUAGUAUCUUCUUUUUUUAUUCCUAGUAAACAGCACUUUUAUUCCUCAAGAAUCAGAAGAGCCAAAAAUGUAUCUUCACUGGAAGACAAAUGUUAAAGUUAAUUUUUUAAAGAAUUGAUAGCAAAAUAUAUUCCUAAACUUUGUAGGGUGGGAUUUUUAAAAGCACACUGUUGGCCUAGCUGCUCCAUUGAUUAUGAUAGGAUCAAUGGGACAAGAAUUAAGCCAGUACUGAGUGCUUUUGAAAAUCUCCCCGUAAUAUAUUAAUCAGCAUAGAUAUUAAGGGCCUAAUCCUUUGAAGUGCU